AUGUUUUCUUCAGCAAUUCUUAUAGGUGCCCUCACUCUCUGCUUUACCUUAGUGCAACAAUCGGCUGCACAACUGGUGGGUAACUUGGCAUGCAAAUGCAUACCUGGCGACGAAUGCUGGCCGACCGUACAGGACUGGGUGGAACUCAAUGCUACCAUUCGAGGAAGACUUGUGACUCCCAGUCAGCUCGCUGCCGUUUGCCAUAAUCCAAAUUACGAUGAGGCUACUUGCAACUACGUGCAGAAAUAUUGGAACCAACCGGAGCUGCACGAUGAUUCGAGCUCGUCAGUGAUGGCAGCAGCAGUAGCUAACCUGAGCUGUGAUCCAUUUACAGUACGCGAGCUGCCUUGUGAGCCUGGUAAUACAGUGACAUACUCGGUAAACGCUUCAGACGCCUCAGACAUAGCCAGCGCGAUUUCCUUUGCUCGCGAAAAGGACAUCCGCUUGGUGAUACGCAACACUGGUCACGACUACUUGGGAAGGUCUACCGGAAAGUGGGCGCUCUCUGUGUGGACGCACCAUAUGAAAAGUAUUGAGUAUAUAUGGUAUAGCAGUAAGUUCUACAAUGGACCAGCGAUUAGACUUGGAGCGGGUGUCCAGGUAGAGGAGGCGUACGUGGCCGCGCGGGCACAUGGCUUUAUCGUCGUAGGUGGCGACUGUGCCACCGUUGGUGUGGUAGGAGGAUAUAUACAAGGGGGUGGCCACUCGGCCUUGAGUUCAAAAUACGGCCUGGCCGCUGACCAAGCUGUGGAGUGGGAGGUGGUGGACGGCACAGGAAGGCUUCUCAAAGCCACGCCCUCGCAGAAUGCCGACAUGUACUGGGCGCUUUCAGGUGGAGGAGGCGGCACAUACGGCAUCGUAUUAUCCGUUGUGCUCAAGCUACACCCAGACAUGCCUGUGACCGGCGCGCAACUUCGCUUCAACCUUGAUCGGGGGCGGCCAGAAGCCUUCCACAGUGCAGUAAGCAAGUAUCAUGAACUCGUCCCUAAGAUCACGGCUGCUGGUGGAAUGGGCAUCGCCGAGCUGACAAAUGACACAUUCCUCUUGACGCCUCUGACCCUACCUAAUUUGUCCCGUACCGACGCGUGGGAGAUCUUGGCACCUCUUGUAGAACAGCUUGAGCACCAGGGCCCGGCCUAUAGUCUGAACGUGAGCGAGCACCCCAACUGGCUCGACUAUUGGCAGAAGCUCAUCAAGCCAAAUCCGACACAACUAGUUCAGAAUGCGCAGUAUGGCGGGUGGAUGGUGCCGCGUUCGGUGCUAGAGCACAAUCCUGAAGAAUUGACGUCGGCCAUCCAGGAGAUCACAGACGCGGGCUGCGUUUUCGUGGGGUUGGCACUCAAUGUGUCAAGAGCCGAGGGCCGUCUAACGGAAAAUUCGGUACUACCUGCUUGGCGCGAAACAGCGCUGAACGUUAUCUUAUCUACGCAAUGGCCGGAAGGGGCCGACCCGCAGCGUGCACAGGAAUUGGCGCAUAUAAUGACGCAGAUUUGCGUGCCAGCCUUGUCCAGGUUGGCUCCGCAAACGGGCGCCUAUAUGAGCGAGGCCGAUCCGAACCAGCCAGGGUGGCAGAAAGCGUUCUACGGCACCAAUUACGGUCGACUUCUAGACAUUAAGCGAAAAUACGACCCUGACCAUGUAUUUUACGCUCCUCUGGCAGUGGGCAGCGACACGCAAUUCGUUGAUGAUAGCGGGAGAUUAUGCCGACAGCUGCAUCGGAAUGCAACAUCUAGCAGCCGCAGCUGCGACUGAAAACGACAAUACGCAGAGAUACUGCAAUAGUCCAUCUGCGUCAGAGCGGCCGCCUGUAUCCGGAACCACGUUAAAUCGUGGAGGCUGUUUCGCUACACUUUUUUUUCUCUCUCGGUUUUCAAUGCACUCAUCCCUGAAAUGGCCAUGAUGGUCUCAAACAACACUUUUGUCGAAACUGCGACACGUUCAUCUUUUACUUCUUUACAAAUUAAAAAAUAAAAUGAAAUAAAGGAAACCCUCAUCUUCAAUACUGC